ACUAAAAUUAAAAACCCAGAACAGACGAGAGAGAAAUUGUUUCAACUAUAGAACCAGUCUCCUUCCCUUUACCAUCGCAGGUUUCGUUUCCAGAUUAUUAUUAUUUUUGCCUCCAAGUAAGUGCUGCAGCCCCCCCAGCUCUCUGCAAAUAUAUACACACCGAUCCGAGCUGCCCCCUCCCCCGACAACUCCAAAAAACCUUCCAAGAUCUGCGUGAGGAUACUGAAUGGAAUAUCUUCCCUUCUCUGCAACCAGCAGGCACCCCCAGUUUUUUCAAGGAUUUGGGACCCAUCACUGGAGACACCGCCUGGGGGGGAGAGUGUCCUUGGCUUCCUCGUCAUCUCUGCAAGUGACGGGCCAAGCCGGAGAGGACAUGGUUGCUGACUGUGGCUGACAUCGCAGCUGCCGGAAUAUGCAGCCCGGGGGCCUUCCUGGCAGCGCAAAGGCAGCGGACUGCGCCGAGGAGCCGAUCGCCACGUCGCGCAGGGGGGCCGCCGGGGCCGGGAGGCAUGGUGACAACGUUCAAGGUGGCAGUGCUGGGAGCUCAAGGGGUCGGGAAGAGCGCCAUCGUCCGCCAGUUCCUCUACAACGAGUUCAGCGAGGUCUGUGUCCCCACCAAGGCCCGACGCGUCUACCUGCCUGCUGUGGUCAUGAACGGCCACGCCCACGACUUGCAGAUCAUGGACUUUCCCCCAAUCACGGCGUUCCCAGUAAACACCUUACAGGAGUGGGCGGAUGUGUGCUGCAGAGGCCUCCGGAGCGUUCAUGCCUACAUCUUGGUCUAUGACAUCUGUUGUUUUGACAGCUUUGAGUAUGUCAAGACCAUUAGGCAGCAGAUCCUGGAAACAAGGGUCAUUGGCACCUCAGACACACCCAUCAUUAUCGUGGGGAACAAGCGGGACCUCCAGAAAGGGCGGGUCAUCCCCCGCUGGAACGUCUCCAACCUGGUGAAGAAGACCUGGAAGUGCGGCUACAUCGAGUGCUCGGCCAAGUACAACUGGCACAUCCUCCUGCUCUUCAGCGAACUCCUCAAGAGCGUGGGAUGCGCCCGGUGCAAGCAUGUCCACACCACCAUCCGCUUCCAAGGCGCCCUGCGGAGGAACCGGUGCGCCAUCAUGUGAGACCUUUGAGGACGGGCACCCCUUUCCGUUGCUGCUGGGCUCUCCAUCUCCAGAGGUGUUGCCACCCCCACUCACCCUCGUGCCAUGUGUACAGGAUCCCUUCUUUCCACCUGGAGCGGGUGGUGGGAGCAGGAGGUCUCGAGCGACUCUGUUUCACAACGAAUCGUCUCCACCCGCAACACCCUGGGGGUGUGAUCUAUCUUU